GCCUGUAGAUGGCAGCAGUGCACUCAUGCACUACGCUUACAUUGUACAAAGAAGAAAUAACCGGGAAAAGGCACUAAGCAACCGUAAACAAGCAGAGCCGCCCUCCAAAUUGGCCCAAAGUAAUGUUAUACAAGUCAACAACAUACAGGGUGGGUCAAAAAGAGAUUUUACAAAGAAGGUGUCAGGAGUUAAAGUCUCCCGUCGUCACGUCGAUAUGCAGCGCGUCAACGAGCCUCAUCCGUUGUUCGGAGGCGCUCUGUCCGCCGUCCUCCCUCACAGCGCCGCGGACGUGAGCAAGCUGCGGGAGAUCCCGGACAACCAAGAGGCGUUCGUCCACGCCCGCACCGACCAGAGCCUCAUCGUGGAGCUGGUCGAGUAUCAAGCCCACGUCGCGGACCAGGACGCGGCCCGGUACCACUUCGAGGACAUCGCGGGUAACAACGCCGCUUCGCAGCCCGGCGCGCAGGAGGUAACCGGCGUCGUCGCCUUGCACAAAUCGUCGCUCUCCCUGUCGGCGUGCAGCUGCGCCUGGGCGCUGACGGGCACCCAGUGUGUGUCCAAAUUCAACGAGACGGCCAGGAACCGGGUGAGGCUCCACCUCGGCGUGUUCCGUCUGCCCCAGUUCGGCACGGACGUGCUGGUGACGUUCAACGACCCGCAGAGCAUCUGCCCCGACAGCAGCAGCAGUCCCGCGGCCGUGGGAGCCGGGGUAGAGCCGUGGACUGCGGAGGACUUCCAGCAACUGCUGCAGUCCCUGACGCUGCACAACCCCGGGCUGUUCGGCUAAAAGCUGGGGUGGGAUGUGGAAACCGAUGGACCGUGGGACAUUAACAGACCCCGAGAGUAUUUGAUCCUUCCAUCCAUGCAAAUCAAAGACUCCCAAAUAUUUUAUGUUGCCUAAAUAAAAGAUGAUUGCCCGAUUAGAUGUCAAGAAACUUUAAAACUGAAAUCAGGGUGAGAUGUAUCAAGUAUACACAACAACAGGAAGAAAAUGUGCCACGUUCCCAAAAAAAUAAAAGUAUCACAUGAUCAAAGUAUGUGAUUCCCACUUUAAAAAAAGUUUUUGGAUUGCUGAUUAUGUAAAAUACGGUACUCCGAAAUCCAACAGCAUCUCUUCCGUGAUGCAGGUUGACUUCCAAGUUCUAAUUUCAAGACAAUUUCUCCCAUUAGAAAUACUGUACAGUGGUACCUCGAUUUACGAGUGCCCCAAAACGUUGAGUUUUGCCACUAUUAUUUAGCUGUGUGAUGUGAGCCAAAAUUUGAGUUGCAAGCGAGCUUCUGAUCAACACUGAACAAAAAUAUAAAUGCAACAUUUCUG